UUUGCAGACGCUAUUAUCUACACGUUUUCCCUAAACUUUCUUGUACGUUCUUGAAUAGAGUUUGACGUACAUUUGCUCCGUACGGUGGGUGUGCCGGAGUGUAUCUUGAAGAAAUAAGUGACAUAUUUAAAGGGCAGCGGAUGCAUUUUGAACCCACAACCCCUCCCUCUUUUUCAACUGGUCGUUCAGUAUGGCACCGUUUCCGUUCAAUUGAACGUUCUAUUACGUUUUUAUGCACUGAACGCAGCCUAGCUUUGAUCAUUUUACUAUCAAUGGGGGCUUACAAACGCUAUAACGAAUUAGAUAUUUUGAGACCAAUUAAUUUUCCAGACAACAUGUCACAUGGUGAUUGUCAUGUGACCAUUGGACGCUGCGGCUUUGUGAUUGUCGGCAGAGCCCAUAUUCUCUUGUAAUUUGUUUCCUCAAUGUUUAGCUUUCGGACAGUCCUAAACAAUAAUUUAUAUUAAUUUAUUAUUGUAUUUAUGCUUAUGAAUUAAUGUCCUGCAAAGCAUCGCCAUGGCAUCAUCGAACUGUAACUGCAUCCAAGACGGUACAGAGAAGGAUGAGCUGUUCUCACCUGUGAGCAGCUACAGCUCCCAUGACCUCAGUGGCGGGAACCCCCGGCUCACCAGUCUGGUAGGCUCAGAGCUCCGGCAACAGCAGGAGGAGGAGGCACUGCGGAGGAAGCUCAAGUACUUCUUCAUGAGCCCCUGUGACAAGUAUCACGCCAAGGGCCGCAAGCCCUUUAAACUGGUCCUGCAGCUGCUCAAGAUCCUCAUCGUCACUGUACAGUUAGUCCUGUUUGGCUUGAGUAACCAGAUGGUGGUGACAUUCAAGGAAGAGAACACAGCAUCCUUCAAACACCUUUUCCUUAAAGACUACCGGGAUGGCUCUUCAAUGGCAAUCCACACACAGAGUGAACUCUAUAGCCAUAUUUAUUAUGCUAUAGAUCAGUACCUGGCUCUACCACAGACAUCAGUGGGGCGGUAUGCAUAUGUGUGGGGUGAGGGUGUGAAUGGGAGCGCCCUCUCUCUAUGCCAGCGGUACUACAAGAGGGGCAUCAUCGACCCCAUCAAAGACACCUUUGACAUCGACCCCCAAGUUAUCACCGAUUGCGUUGGUGUUGACCCACUACCAAACCCUCCUUCUCCUCCUGAUUACAGUGACUACAAGAACUUCACUCUCCAGUUUCACAAGCUAAUCAAUGUGACCAUUCAGUUCCAGCUGAAGGCCAUAAACAUCCAGACCAUCAUCAACAAUGAAAUCCCAGACUGCUACACCUUUGCUAUCAUGGUUGUCCUGGAUAACAAGGCUCACAGCGGCAGAUUGAAGAUCAGUCUGCUCAACCAUGCUUCCAUCAAGAAGUGCAAAGACCCCAACUUGUGGGGACAUGCAGAGAACUAUGCACGGGAGGCUUUUGACGUGCUGGUGGCCAUAGUGUGUCUGCUGUCCCUGCUGCUGUGUGGUCGCUCCAUCCUCAGAGGCGUCAUCCUACAACAUGAGUAUGUCCAGUUUUUCAGACACAGGCUGAAUCACAGUGUGUGCUGGGCAGACAGGAUGGAGUUCAUUAAUGGCUGGUUCAUCCUGCUCAUCAUCAGUGACCUGCUCACCAUCACCGGCAGCUUCAUCAAGAUUGGCAUAGAGUCCAAGAACAUGUCGUUGUAUGAUGUGUGUGGGAUUCUGCUUGGUACCUCCACUCUGCUGGUGUGGGUGGGAGUCCUCCGCUACCUCAGUUUCUUCCAGAAGUACAACAUCCUGAUUGUGACGCUGCGGGCUGCCUUCCCUAAUGUAAUCCGCUUCUGCCUCUGUGUAGCUGCCAUAUACCUGGGUUACUGCUUCUGUGGCUGGAUCGUGCUGGGGCCCUACCAUACCAAGUUCCGCUCUCUGUCCAUGGUGUCAGAGUGCCUGUUUUCUCUGAUCAACGGGGACGAUAUGUUUGUGACGUUUGCUGAAAUGCAGAAGAGCAGCACGCUGGUGUGGGUGUUCAGCCAGGUCUACCUCUACACCUUCAUCUCCCUCUUCAUCUACAUGGUGCUCUCUCUCUUCAUCGCCCUCAUCACCGGAGCCUACGAUGCCAUCAUGGUCCAAACCCAGGAGCCGAUGCACAUCACAGACCUGCAUGCAUUCAUAGCAGAGUGUACUGAUACACCUUGCUCUGGAAAGUUCCGUGGCCCAGAGGCAUCCUCUUGUUCAUUCUUCUGUGACUGAUGAGGAGGAGAGAAAAGAGGAGAGAUGGACUAUGUUCAUAUCCACCAGUGGGAGGAUGUCUUCCGGGUGAUCUGACCUUGGACUACACUGUCCUCUGUAGGAUGUGGCGCGCCAGUGCAUUUAAAUUCACAUAGACUGGUACAGUACAACCUACAUGUUACUAACUGCUGUAGAUCGCACAUGAAUAUUUAAAAUGCCAGUUCAUUGGGUUUUUAUAGUUAACAAGUUACAUUCGUAUGGCUAGCACAUUCUGCUAGCUAAUUCAUGACUGUAAUACAGCUGUCCUUUCAGAGAGGAAACUGAUUUUGCACAACGUAUAUCUGAAAAUGUCUUACUAAAUAGGAGUUUUUUUUGGUUUAUUUAUGGUGCAAUUGUUUUGAUUUAAAUUGUUGAUAAGCCUUUGUUGAAUUGGGUCUGCAUGACCCUAUGACUGAGGGACGGCAAUGGUUUAAUUGUUAUUUACUGUGCCUGGGGGCCCUGAACGUUAUGAUUGUCCUCUGAAUCAAGUUUAUGACAGAUACACACUAACAGACAGGCUGAAACAUGCACACCAUUAUGUACUGAAGGCUACUCCCUAUUUUCCUCUUUGGUCCUUUGUUCCCUUCUCCUCCUCUGGAUGGGAUGACUACAUGUUCAAGGACAGGACCUGCAGCCAUAGUUAGUCAUCAAUACGUAUGAAGCCUUUGGUGUAAAGAGCCAGGUGACCCUGGCCUGUACAUCAAUGCACUGCGAGACAGAGCCAUAGUGGGUUUUAUAUUAUUAUUUUUUUUAACAAUGCUAAAUGUUGUUUUAAAACCACCCUUAUGAAUUAUUUUGUUGGAUGACUGUUGCACCAAAAUACAAGGCCAGUAAGGGAGGUUCAGUCUUUAUUUUAUGAGAUAUGUCUGACAUUGUGAUAUUGAAUUCAGUGCUAAUUUAUUGAAUAUCUGUCUGGGCAAAUUAAUUCUGCAAACCAGUAUGUGGUCCAAAUCAUGAUUCACUGAAGGAAAGGGACUGAAUUAUCAUAUUUGAUCUGUUUUGUUUGAAAAACCUUUUGAAGUGAUAAUGUAAUUUCAUAGUAUGAAAGCUCAUAGUGACGUUCAUUAGGAGAAAAAAGGACUCUCAAUGCACAAGAUUCAUAAGGGAUCAAAAGGAAGGGAAGAGUUGUCAGGAUAGGACAAAUAGAGAAAUCAUUGAUGCCUACCCAGAAUGCACUGUUUCUGGUGAAGGUGUGUUUUUCCAUGACAUGUUUACUUGAAUAAAUAAUCUUUGUAUGUGUUGACGACCAGAAAAUAUGUACAUUUUUCAAUUCUUUGAAUGUUUUUACUUAGUACAUUUAUCUUGCUUGAGAUUGUUAUCAGGGACCCAUAUACGAUGAGUCGUGAUGACAGAGCUUGAAGCGGUGCUAAAUGUCUCAUGGCAUGCAGCACAGUGGAGCAGCAGAAUACUUGUAAGGGGUGUAGUAGUACUGUAUUUCUUAACUACAUGUGUUUUAUACUCUGCUAACGUGAUAAUUUCUGAUGUAUUUAAUUGGUUUACCUCUUUUUUUCAAAAUGUUGUGGGUUGGUUAGACUGAUACUAAUAAUUUUAGUAUGGCCAAAUUGCUCGACAUCUACAUUUUGGAUGAGCAUCUCGCUUGUACAGAUUUGUUUUAAUUUUUUUAAGCCGUUCUCGUCUCAUGCACUUUUUGUUCAGUACAUUGCAUUUCUGUGCCACCUCUCUAUCGAAUACCAGUAAACCUCCUCCAA